CACCCACGAUGAACGCGCUCCGACCAGCCACCAGCACACUACGGCUAUGCACGCGCGCACCGGCGCCCACACGACGCGCGGCGCACACCGCCGCGAUCGACCCCGACCGCGACCGCGAUAAUGCACAGGCGGGCCCAUCACGCCCCCGUAUCCGCCAUGACUCUGACUACCGCUUCCCGCGGACUGGGCGCCGCGGGGGGCCGCCGGAUCCGUACGAGGUCAUGGCGCUCACUCGCGGUGCUAGCGCCGCGGACAUCAAGGCCAAGUACUACAAACUCGCGCUCAUCCUGCACCCGGACAGCUCGCACCCCUCCGCGUCGGCAGAGCACUUCGCGACGCUCAACAGGGCGUACAAGCUGCUCUCGUCGCCCGCCUCGCGCGCGAGCUACCUCCAAACGGGCACAGGGUGGUCCGGCACGCCGGCAGACGGCGGCGCACGGCCGGAGCCAUCAGCCGACCACUGGAUGCGCGAGGCGGUGCACCGCGCGAAACGCAACGGCGCGGGGCAGUACGACGCGCACGGGUGGGGCAAGGCGGGCUUCCGCGCGUCCGAGGCCGGCAGCGGCGCGUGGAAGCGCUACGGCGACGCGAGCGACUGGUACACUUUCGAAGAGGCCAACCUCAACCAAGGGGGCACAGGCAGCGGCGACCCGCGAUACAUGAGCAACAACAAGUUUGUCAUUGUCGUCGCGGCACUCAUGGGCAUCGGGCUCUGGGUGCAGCUUAGCCGCGUGGGCAAGGUCACGGAUAGUACCAGGGAGCAUUUGGUGGACCGGCAUGUGCACGCCGCAAACGCCCUCGACGAAGCCCGCCGCGAGGCCCUGAUCCACGGCAAAGCCCGCCGCGAGCACAUCCGGCGCCGAGUAAACGAGCUCAAGACGAUCGAGGCGUGCGAAGCAGGGGGAGGGGAGCAUGGUAUCGUCCCCGUCAGCAAUGGGCCGGGCGACAAAUCGCGGCCACAGGGGCAGUGACGACGACGUAACUUCAUGCGACAUUAUCCUAUGGCUAUGCUUACAGUCCAGUCCAACGCAGUCUAGAGGAUGCUGACGAGCCAGGCGGCCGCGGCGAGCGCAGUGACGACCCCAGCGGGCACGGCGCGGCGCCCCGCGGCGCCAGUCUCGAUAUACGAGC